CUGCUCUUAACACUCUUCUUUAAUAUUUCAAUUACUUUGUAAACAUUUGGCAGUCCAAAACAUCCAGUACUAACUUCAAAAGAAGUUUCAUUCACUUUGUCCAUUUUCUUGGAUGGGAGGUGCUCUUUUUGGACGCUGGUGAUGCUAGAUAUGUUAAAGUUUUAAAAGGAAGUUAGGGUUUAUUCUUAUGUUUUCUGGUUUCUUGUAGCUACACACAACUGAAAGAUGAAGCUCGCUGGAUUUAUGCUCCUUCUCAUCAAUUCAGUGGCCUCCAUCAAUCUCAAAUACAUCUCCAAGAGGAACUCAGUUGACGGAUGUAUAGACUGGUCAGUGGACUUGAAGACGUAUCGUGUGUUGGCCGGAGAGCCUCUGAGGGUGAAAUGUGCUCUGUUCUACAGCUAUAUACGCACCAACUAUAGCGUCGCCCUGAAUGCCAAGCUGCGGCUCAUCUGGUACAGGAACAAGGGUGAUUCUGAGGAGCCAAUCAUCUUCUCGGGUCACCGGCUGAGUAAGGAGGGAGAUUCCAUUUGGUUCCGCUCAGCACAAAUGGAGGACAAUGGAUUUUACACUUGUGUGCUCAGAAACUCAACAUACUGUAUGAAGGUGUCCAUGUCACUGACGGUUGAGGAGAGUGAAGAGGGACUCUGCUUUAGCAGUCGAAUACGUUACCAGGAGAGGGCCGAGAUCACCAAAAGCAAAAUGAUCACCUGCCCUGACAUCGAUGACUAUCUUGCCCCCUACAAGCAGCCUAUCAUGACCUGGUACAAGGAGUGUCAGAGGAAAGAGUGGAGGAGCUCCAUAAUCAUCAACACCACCAGUCUAUGGAUCCCAGAGGUGCAGGAAGAUGAUGGAGGAAAUUACACAUGUGAACUUAAAUAUGGCAGCAGAGUUGUGAGACGGACCACGGAGCUCAAAGUCACAGGAAAAUAGUGAUGACACUGAUUCCUCCACUGGGGUCCAUCCAUCCAUCCAUCCAUCCAUCCAUCCAUCCAUCCAUCCCAAUAAAGUGCUCUGUAGAAUGUGAAUGUACACUCUAAGAAGAAAAGGUUCAAAAAUGAACUUUUUAAGGUUCCUGGCGAUUGCAACUGUGGGGGAACCUUAAAGGUUCAUUUUUGAACCUUUUUAAAAAGGUUCUAAUUGGAACCUUCACUUAAAGGUGCAUUAAAGCCUCAUUAAGGUUCCAUUUUGAACCUUUUCCUUUUAGAUAGCAAUAACAUAUAUUAAUAAUAAUUAUUAAAAUAUAAUAUAAAUUAUACAUUAACUAUAUGUCUUAUAUAAAACUUAUAUAACUAUAUCUUAAUCCCAUUUCAAAACAUUGAAUACAGAACACAAUGAUUGUCUAUAAAAUGUUUAAUACAUAAAUAUAAUGAGCACAGGCACCAAUGGACAGAGAAAAAAGGAAUAUUGUUUUUUAUCAUUCAAAUAAAUAAAUAAACAAUCAAAUAAAUAAAUCAUUUCAUUCAUUAAUCUAUAAAUUUCCAUCAACCUUUAACAGAAUGUAGCUGAAUAUCUAUCAUUUUUAUAUUAUUUUUAAUCAUUUAAUUUUUAAUUUAUAUAUAAUUUUUAAUAUAAUGUUUAAACAGGACAUUAAACAGGACAAAGAAUGUUAGAGUGUUUCUCGGCUUUGAAGCAUAUUCAAGGUUGAAGAUGAAGUACAUUGUGGUGACCUGGUCAUAUCGUCUACUUCACAGACCUUCUCCCCUUGCAUCUAGAGCUUAGAUCGGGCCCAACAAAUCAAGCCCGACCCUACCCGAGCCCGAGCACGUUGUGUCCGAGCCCGGCCCGGCCCGACACGUCCACUGUAAUUAUGAGCCCGAGCCCGAUUUAAACCCGACCAUUUUUAAUAUGUGGGCCGUUAUAACCAGGGGCGGCGCCAGAUUUAUUUAUUUUUUUUAACACAGGUGCUGCUGUGCUAGAUCAUUUAGGCUACAGGGGGGAGCUGCGCAGUUAUAUAAAUUAUAUAAAUACUAUUAAUAAAUGAGCAAAAAUUGGCCACUCAAUAUUAAAUAUUAAAUUAAUUAUCAUAAUUAAAGUUUUAAUUUUAUUAAAUUGAACAAGCUCAACAUUCAGCAUUCAAUCAAAUAUUCUUAAAGAUUAAUUAUUAUUAAUAAUGUUACUUCAACAUAUUGUUAUUUCAACAUAAUAUGUGUGUGAGCAACAAGCAAGAUGUGCGUUUGUAAAUUCGGUGACAGGGUGUGUUACCAGUUUCAAAAGGUGUGUGACCGCGGCGCGCCGGCGCCUCUAUGUCAUAAUUACAUUGUCUGCUAUAUUGCUUUUUAUGUAUUAAAUCCAGGUAAUUGGAUGAUGAAAAAUGUAUUAAAAUUAAGAUACAAUUUAUACUAAACGAAAUUCACUUUAAAGAAAAUCUUUCUUCAAAACAAAACUUAACAAACUUGAAACUAAAUGUGCUUAUUUAAUGGCUAAAACACUAGACUACAGACUCUCUUUUUGUACAAAUUGCAGCACAUUCAUUUAAUUCUGAAUUUUGUUUACAUGUAAGUUGAAAAGCAUUUGUUUGUGCAUAGUAAACAUAUCUGUAACAUUUAUCAAGUUCAUAAUUGUGCGUGCAUUUAUUAAUUAUUAUCUUAAUGAAUAAUACGACAAGGAAGAAGCAUGUAAACUGCGUUGUUUGUUUAUUAAAACUAGUUUAAAAUGUUUCCAUACCUCCGAUUUUCCUCCAGACUUGCUCAAAAUUAAUUCUCCUGUUUUAAUUUUUUUCUUUGCUUCUUCAAGCUCCAUGUUGUACUUAAGCCUCGUUUACACUGUUCGUAUGGCUCCGACAAGGUUUUGUUCCAUCCUCUGAGCGGUGUCAACUCACACCAGAAGCAUUUCAGAAGUGAAGCGGCUGGAUUCCCAAAACCACAAGAUUUGCCUGGCCAACAUUGUUUUCGUUAAAUUUUUCAUGUUUUUAAUGGCUAAAUGGUUAUAUUUUGUCCGGUUUGAUUGUGUUUAUUGCUAUACCAUACUUUAUUUUGCUGUAGCCAUACAGAUGAAGUUAACACACUUAAAAUUCCAGUUAUGGACAACAAAAACAAAGAAAUUUCAAGUUUUUCAACUUCGAAUCUCUUGUCUUCAGUUUCUGUCAUUGUAGUGAUGUGAAAUAUCAGCAGGAGUUUACUUAGGGUGAUUAUUUUGACUUUAUUUUGUAUUUGAGCUGCGCGUCAAAAAUAGGCGAGGCGCCUAUCUUUAGCGAAGCGGCGCGGUGAGCCCCUUCUGGGACGCUUCUCAAACGCACCGCGGCGCCGUAACGUAACGUGCCGCACACGCGUGCAGUGUAAACGAGGCUUUAAGCUACUGAAUAGUACAGCACGCACAGCAGGUGUGAUGCGUCACGCGUGCGAGACUGCGAGUGCGAGUGGACGAGACGCUGCGCAUGACACGUGACGUGCUUUAUCAAGGGCCCGGCCCGACCCGGCCCGAGGACGGUGGCAGGAAAUA